CUUUAAUAGAUCAUUACACAGGCACACGGGAAUCGAAGAAGAGGUUGAUCAUCUCUUGUUAACAAUUGACGACUUAGGUUCUCGGUGAGAGCAAGACGUCGAUGAUGUCCUUCUCUAUGUCCAUUGGAUGCUUGAUGCUUAUUCUGGCUCUUUCAUUGAAGAAAAGUUAUGGACUUAGCCAGGAGAACAUAAAAGAGAUCGAAGAGAAACACCCAACUAUCACGUUGACGAAACACGACGGGAACUUUACAAUAACUACCAAAGGUGAUGUUUCGGCCGAUUUAAAAAGCAUCUCGUUGACGAUUCCACUAGAUACUACGGUUGCGAGUUCCCCAGGGUGUUUGUCAGGAGGUGACAGGCAUACCAGUAUUAUCGGUAUCACCAUAAAAGGAGUGCCGAUUAUGUCGCCAUUUACCGAAGAUGGGUGUGACAUCGCGACUCUAGUUUCGGAUGAAAACUUGUGUAAUCACAAAUACGAUAAUGUCGGAGCCAACCACCAUUCGUUGUUCUGCGACUACAGCGACAGCCGAGAAACAGAUUUGGUUGGAAUAGCAAUGGAUGGUCAUCCUAUACAUGGUCCUAUUGCUGAUAGGUCUUCACUAGAUGAAUGUAACGGCAAAAUGAAAGCAAAUGGGGAAUAUGGCUACUAUCUGUCCAAAACCUUUCCCUACGUACUUGGUUGUUUCAGGGGCACUACAGAUGGAAGCAUUAUUGAGAUGAAUAAAGAGUCUGAAUCUAUCGAGGAACCCUCUGCUUCUGGGGGACCCCGUACAGGCAAAGUCGGGCCAGCAAUACAGCCUCAUCAGCAUUUACGUAGUAUCGGUUCGCCUAUGGAUAUGAAAUCGACGACGUCAAGUCCGAAGACGACCCCAAAGCCCUUUGUAGGGGGUUCGAAUAAACAAUCUUUCCUACGUGGCAUGGGUAGAAGCUUGCAUAGAGGAAUUGUGCAACCCCCAUCCAUGGUAUCAACAACCUUAACUCCGACGACGACGACAUCAGAUCAGGCCAAGACAAACACUGGAGCGCCCGAUGUAGAUUCCAAGAUGUCAACCACACCUCCUGUCGAAGAUGGCAACAAAACUGAAACAGCACCCAAAUCAACAACACCAUCACAAAUUGAAGCUAGCAAAAAAAGAAAAAAGCGAGCGGAAACACGCAUUGCUCAAGAUAGAAUGGCAACACCGGCAGAUGAUCUCGAUGAAGAGUUAGUAACUUCUGAAAAACCAAUCCACUCGUCAACAACGGGCACAUCCGGACAAGGCAAGUGUUUCUAUGCUCGUAACAUGGAUAUGAAAGAUAAGUGCGUAGUUGAAGAGGUGAGCGAUCUGGGCAAACAAUCAAACCAUGGCCACAAAGCUGAAGUCCAGGGACUUGUUGUGAUGGGAAAUGUUUUGUUCGCAAUGAUCGCUUACGUUAUUAUAUAGACAGAUCAUUGCUGGCAGCUUAAGUAAAUGAAAGGUGCUCAUGAUCAUAAUUAAACACGAAUACACUUCAUGUCAAAAAAGGACUGGUCUUUAUAUCGUAUGAAUGUUAUACGUGAAAUGAGCAAAGAUUUUUGACUGUAAAAACAUUGAGCAUCGUCCGUUUCUUCAAGCUUAAAAAUGACAUAAAAUGCACGUUCGAAGGGUGCAAUGUUCCAUCGUAAUGGAGUGAUAAAUAAAAUGCUCACCGACUAAGUUACACGACGGGCCACUCGCGUAACAAAAUGGACAGCCACUCGUAAGUUCUUUUUAUCCUCGAAUCCGUGUAAACUAGGUCAAUAUUUUGUUUACCAUAUAUGUACAUGUACCAUACCCUUCUUAUUAAGUAAAACUAGUAAGGAAUGUUUUUGUAGGAAAUUUAAGAUGCUGUUUUCCGACUGAAAGGUUACGACCUUUUCGAGAAACAAAUGUAUUUGGACAUUUGCUUCGAUUUAGCUAAUGUUUGCAGAGGAAAUAGUAAAAAUACGUUAAUUUUCGCCGUAUUUACUACUUGUGUGGCAUUGAUCCAUUUUCCUAGGCGAAUGAGCCCAUCAAACACUGGUCAGUUUCAAGCGAAGUAUGCAGCCGUCACUUUCGCUUUUGAGAUGGCGGACGGGAAGUAUUGAUUUCAAUAUUUUUAGUUUUCAUCGAAUUAAACUACUUUAUAGGUGACGUAAU